UCUCCGCUCAACCUCUCUCUUCAUUCUCUCAAACGAUGGGGUUUGCUUCUACAAUCCCAUUGAGAUUCGAAGCUGGGGUCUGUAGGGCUCCAAUCCGCUCACCCGAAUCCAUCUCUCUUUUAUCAUCUAAUCGCCGUUAUCAUGUCUCAUUCUUCACUUCUCAAUCUCAAGUUGGAAGGCACUGUUAUGGGCUGCGUUUGUCUCAGAUGCAGUGCUUCAGGGGUACUGAGAGAGAUGACUCAUUGAGUACAGAAGAAAUGUUGAAGAACAAUCCUCAAUCACAUGACAAAAAAGAGAAUGCUGAAAAGGCAAUCAUAGGUUCCUCUUCGGAUAGAAAAAGAGAUCCAUCAACCGAUAGAUCUUCUGCAAUCAGAAGCGUUGCCUUAUGGGUGAGCGCUUCUGUGACUUUUGGUAUUGCUUUGGGAUUAAAGGAAGGCGUCGAUAAAGCAUCUGAAUAUUUUGCCGGGUACCUCCUAGAACAGAGUUUGUCAGUGGACAAUCUCUUUGUUUUUGUUUUAAUCUUCAAAUACUUCAAUGUGCCAGUACAAUACCAGAACAGAGUGCUCUCUUAUGGUAUUGCUGGUGCAGUUGUCUUUCGUGCUAUAAUGAUCCUGCUUGGCACUGCAACCCUUCAGAGAUUUGAAGCAGUGAACUUAUUACUGGCCUCAAUUCUUCUAUUCUCAUCUUACAAGCUAUUUUCUUCUGAAGAGGAGGAGACUGACCUUUCUGAUAACUUUAUCGUGAAAACAUGCCAGAAGUUCAUUCCAGUUACUGCAUAUUACGAUGGAGAUCGCUUCUUUACUAUUCAAGAGGGUGUACGGAAAGCUACACCUUUACUCCUCACAGUUGCAGUUAUUGAGCUUAGUGAUAUAGCUUUCGCAAUUGACUCAAUACCGGCAGUUUUUGGUGUUACAAGGGAUCCAUUCAUAGUUUUCACUUCAAAUUUAUUUGCCAUUACAGGGUUAAGAUCGUUAUAUUUAAUUAUAUCUGGAAGUAUGUCAGAUCUGGAAUAUUUACAGCCUGCUAUUGGAGUUGUAUUAGGCUUUAUUGCCACAAAGAUGAUUCUUGAUUUCUUUGGUUAUCAUAUAUCAACCGAGGUUUCUCUUGGAGUUGUCGCCACAAGUUUGGGUGCUGGUGUGUUGUUGAGCCUUCUUAAAAGAUCUGAUUAAUGAAGAGAUCAGUCCUGAGGAGCUUGUGAAUUACUGUAGUUGUAUUUUAUUCCUUGUACCAUAAUCAUUUUGUCAAUGUAAAUUUACUAUCAAGUGUCAACGAAACAUAAGCUAGUAAUUGCUCAGCGGUUAGUUCGAGUUAUCAAGUUUAUUUGCAUUUUUUUGAAUA